UUCUGCCCCCCUAGACAAAACUCACUUUUUGAUCGAAUCGAAAAUCGAAUCCGUCAAAUUCCAUACAAAAAAGGGGCUUUUCGACCACUUUUCGACUGGUUUGCGAUUAUUAUUGCACUUUGUCUAGACCCACAGAUUUGUAUGCUCUGUCACGUCACGUCAUUAAUGUCAAUGUCACCUCUCCCGUGCGGCUUAACUCGGGCACAGACUGAGUAAGCGCUAAAUCUACAGUAGUUUAUUGAUGUAAAUAAAAAAUACGUAAAAAAUAUGGCAGUCAGAUUAAGUACUAUUCUGUGAUUUUGUUGAUGUUAACAUAAUUUAGGAUAUCAUUAUAAUAAUUAGUUAAUUAUAGAUAACUAGUUCGCUAAUGCAUUAUGUCUAUGUAAAAGUAUCGGAUGUUUUAUUCAAAUGUCAAACGCUGACCAUGAGACAAAUAUAAAACUUGCAAAGAAUGUUUGAUUCCCUAAUUCUAAAUAUUUGUUGUGCUGUGCCAUUUUCGUUGUUGAUACGCAAUAUAACAGCUCUAUGUGACAAAAGACGCUACAUUUUGUAUGAUAUUAUCGUUUAUUUGUAUACUGUACUUUGAUUGAGUCCCUUAUUUUGACAAUACGGCGUAUUGGAAGGUACGCAAUUUUAUGUUAUUUACCUAAAUCAAGCAAGGACUAAUAACUACAUAGUUAUUGUAAAUAUGUACCUACCUACCUACGUAUUAGUGAUAUGAAGAUAAAUUCUUAUAAAAAAAAAGUUUAUAGUAAUAAGAAUAGAUACUGCUUUUAAUUUGCAUUAUGUUAAAAAAAUGCUAGAGUACCUUACCCAUAUACGACACAUAUUGGAGGUAAGAAUAAGAAUUAGAAUAAGAAUGUCUUUGAAAGAAGAAUACGGUAAAGUCAUUCACAUGAUUUUUGUUAGGAAAAAGAAAUAAAAGAGACAUUUUCGGAGCCCAUUGAGAGGGAAGAUAGAGAUAUCUAAAUUAUUCUGACUUAAUUACCACUAAUUAUUACUUGUGUUAAAAAUAAACAUUUCUUAUACAUAUUGUAUUCUUUGAAUUUCUGAAAUUUCGUUUUUCAACUUUGGACUAGACUACUGAUGAAAUUACCUAAAUUCUUUGUGACAUAAGUCAAGACCAAACAUUCGUAAAAAAAAAACUCAUUCAUCACAUUCGUCUUGAAAAAUUGGUUCCAAAAAUGGUCAUAAAUUCAAGGUCUGGGUAAUCGUCAAGGUGUGUUACAGAUAUUGCACGUUGUAAGGAAAACGUGAGACGAAGUCGUUCAGUUGUUAACAUACGUUCGGACGCGGCGUGUGCGCAUCGCUGACGUCUGAAAACGUGCAUGUGCGGAAAAUAGGCGCGUUUAGGCUAUUUCAAGCCUUAUUUUGGACAGUAAGUUGUUGAUAUUUCGAUCCUGUUGCAAUUGCAAUAGAAACAUAAUUUGAUUGGAUAUAAAAACUUGGAAAUAAAAGAUAUCGCAUAAUCUAAGUGAAGAAUAGUGUACACAAGUGAAUACUUUUCCUUUAACUACGUAAACAAAUAAUGUCGAAGUAGGUACCUACAUAAAAUACCAGACAAGUUGUAGAGUAGGUGAUAAUGACGAACAAAGACAACAAACCAAGGGAGUUCGGGCCACAGGAGAAAUGGAGGAUCCUCAAGAAUGUGCUGCUCAUCAGUUUCGCUUUUAUGGCCGAAUUCACAGCAUACAGUGGUGCAGCCAACUUACAAAGUUCCAUCAACUCCCAAGCUGGUCUUGGUACGGCGUCUCUGACUGCCGUAUAUGCUGGCCUCAUCUUCUCUACUAUAUUCUUACCAGUUAUGGUUAUAAAAUGGCUUGGUCCAAAAUGGGCGAUUUCAUUAUCGUUCGUUACGUACAUGCCCUACAUUGCUGCCCAGAUGUACCCCAGUUUCUGGACCCUGAUUCCUGCCGCCCUCCUUUUGGGGUUAGGGGGAGGACCGCUCUGGUGUUCUAAGUGCACUUAUUUGUCCAUGAUUGCUGAAGCACACAGCAAAAUCUCAAAUAUAUCUGCAGAAGCGUUGUUGACGCGUUACCUCGGACUUUUCUUUAUGAUAUACCAAAUGAGCCAAGUAUGGGGAAACCUUAUUUCAUCUCUGGUGCUGACAGCUGGCGACAAUGAAGCAGCAGUGACAGCGGUGAACGCCAGCAUGAUCCCGGAGGUGUGCGGCGCCAACUUUCUUCCAGCAGCUGAUGCGGGCCACGCCUUCCGUCAGCAACCACCGGAAAGGAUACAGAUGAUGAUCGGUAUUUACUUGGCGUGCAUGGCUGGUGCUGCGAUCACUGUCGCUGUAGGAGUAGAUUCUAUGAAAAGGUAUGACACAGGUCGGUCAUCAGCGAGUAAGAGUUUGUCCGGGAUGUCGCUGCUGGUGGUAACGGCUAAGCUGCUGGUGGAACCCAACCAGUUACUGUUGGUCCUCCUCAACACAUUUGUUGGCUUCCAGCUGGCGUUUUUCACUGCGGAUUUUACUGCGGCGUUCGUCUCGUGUGCUGUUGGUACCGGGAUCGUGGGCUUCGUGACUAUGACACUGGGACUGGCGAAUGCCAUUAGCUGUGCUGUCACUGGAUACAUUGCAAAGAUCACAGGACGUGUCCCACUGAUAUGCUGUGCUACACUGGUCCACACUGCGAUCUUCGUCACCUUCCUAGCUUGGAAGCCUCAGGAGGGCCAGAGCUAUAUUCUCUUCAUCAUUGCCGUAUUAUGGGGCUUCUGUGACUCGGUGUGGCUUGUGCAGUUGAAUGCGUACUACGGCAUCCUAUUUCCUGGCAGAGAAGAGGCAUCCUUCGCCAGUUUCAGGCUCUGGGAGUCGGUCGGUCACAUCAUAGGGUACAUCAUUUCCCCCUACAUGAGGACCAGCCAGAAGACCUACUUAUUACUGGCGAUGAUGCUAGUGGGAGCCACUAUGUACUUCAGCGUAGAGUACAAGGAGAGAAGACGAAAGAAGUUAGAAGUUCAAAGCAAAGAAGAUAAGGGACUGGAUAAUGCUGUGUUUAAGAUCGCAGAGUGAUUUAAUGUUUAUUUUGACUUAGUUCUUGUAAUUUAUGGCAGGCUCUGUCAGGUCAUAAUUAAUUGGCAUUGACAUAAUAAUAUGUCAAUCAAUGCCACCCCUCCCGUGCCCCUCCCAUACCUCAGGCACUAACUAUAAUAACUAAGCUAUGUUAUAUUAAUUAUUCUCUUUAUUAACUUUGAUUCUUAAUUUUAGGGUAGGAUCCCUUUGUUAUUUGCAUAGAAUAAAGUUCGUAUUGCAGACCUAACUCAUUACAAAGCCUUACUUAAAUGAUGUCAUAUUUUGUAAAUAUCUAUGUACGUUUUAGUAGAAAAAGCUUUGACAGCUCUAUGAAAUUAUUCAUAUAAAUAUUUUUAUGUCAAAAUAUGUAAUUAUAAUUAAUAUUAAAUAAUUAAUAAAAGUAAAUGAACUAAUUGCCAGUAAUGGACAUAAGUAUUAACGGGCUUUCAAGUUAUUUUUUUUGUUUUAGGGCCUUGUGCUAAGGCAAAUAAAUAUAAAAAGGGAAGUCCCCAGUGCAAGAAAUGUUGAUGGAAAAACCUAAGCGGUUAUUAAUACACACAUAUUUUAAGUUAAAAUUAAAUUGUUAAAGGAACUUAAGCCUAAUUAAAUAAUGUUGGAAUGCUACGAAGACGAUCACAACUAUUUAAAUAGAAAUAAAGAUUUAUUUUCAUUA